AUGUACGCUACACACAUGCGCUUUGCGUUUCGAGGAUCGUUUCGAGGGUCGUUUCGACACUUUUCAGCGGCCGCUGAAGCUACGCCGAAGCCGAAAAGACCGUUCGUUACCAAAAGGCGGGUGUUGUUAGUAGCUGGUGCAUCAGCGACAGCUUAUGCGUUGACCGAUGAUACGACACAAAACCUACUGAAACAUAUUGGACUGACAUCCAAACGAGUGGGAGUCGCGGCACAGGCGACUGUGCGGUGCGUCUACAAUUACCAACGAGUGCUAAGCGGCAGCUAUCACUCGGAAGACGAGCGUCACGAGGCGCUGAGCCAGUGCCACCAACUAUGUGCGAACAUAACACUGCGGGCGCUGGAAACGAACGGUGGUAUCUUCAUCAAGCUGGGUCAGCACAUCGCUGCCAUGACCUACUUGCUGCCUGCAGAGUGGACAGAGACAAUGAUUCCGCUUCAAGACAAGUGUCCUCAGUCCACACAUGCUGAAAUUGUCGCUUUGUUCAAACAGGACUUGAAACAGAACAUGGAUGAUAUAUUUACGGAUUUCGAUCCUCAUCCUAUUGGUGUAGCAUCCUUGGCACAAGUACAUAUAGCCACACUCAAAUCGACAGGCCAAAAAGUUGCAGUCAAAAUCCAGCAUCCAGCACUUAAGGAGUUUGUCCCGAUUGACGUGCUGUUAACCCAGACAGUCUUUAACGUCGUCGAUAGUGUUUUCCCGGAGUAUCCUCUUGGAUGGCUUGGAGACGAACUCCAAAAUUCGAUUUAUGUGGAGCUAGACUUCACCAAGGAGGCCAGAAAUGCUCGCAGAACCGCAGAAUAUUUUGCUGAUUACAUCCCAGAAACUGCUCUUCGUAUCCCAAAAGUCGUACGCGCUCACAAGCGAGUCCUGAUAAUGGAAUAUCUUGGAGGACACAGACUUGACGAUUUAGCAUACAUCGACAAAAAUCGUAUUUCCCGAGCUGAGGUGUCGUCAUGUUUGUCUCAUAUCUUCAACAACAUGAUCUUCACGCCCAAUGUUGGAAUCCAUUGUGAUCCACAUGGAGGAAAUUUGGCGAUAAGACAUAUCGAGCGUUCCCGGGGCCACCACAAUUUCGAAAUUAUUCUUUAUGACCAUGGCUUGUAUAGACAUCCCACUACCGAAAUGAGACGUGACUACGCCAAAUUUUGGCUAGCGCUGUUGGACAGAGACGAUGCUAACAUGAAAAAGUACGCCAUGAAGUUUGCAAAUAUCGACGAGGACCAGUUUCCGUUAUUUGCAGCAGCCAUCACAGGGAGGAGCAUAGAUGCUGCACGCAGCUCUGAUCUCAUGAAGCCAAGAUCAGAUGAUGAAAUCAAAGUCAUGGCCAAAGCUAUUACAGAGGGAUCACUCUUGGGGGAUUUGAUGACUAUCUUAUGCCGAGUGCCAAGAAUUGUUUUGUUAAUCUUGAAGACGAAUGACUUAACGAGACAUUUGGAUGAAUGUUUGCAAAGCCCUUUAAGCGUAGAGCGGACAUUUUUGAUUAUGACUCAGUAUUGCGCGCGAACUGUUUACGACGAAACUCGUCAAAACAUUAACUUUGCCUUCCCCAGGUGGUCCUUCACAUGGAUUUGUAAAGAAUUCAAAGCUUGGUGGGAUUACGAGAAAAGAAUGAACCAAUUGAUCUUGUACGAUCUUGGGUUUUGGUUUAGAAAUCGUUUCCUCAAUUCUCGUUAA